GGGGGGGGGGCCCUAAAAGUUGGUUUCUGAGGGGGGGGCCCCCCUUAAACAAAAAAAGAAAAGAAAAGUGUCAAUAACAAAAAUAAUUUAUCUAUUUAGGUCAAUUAUAUGGUUUAGAAAAAUUCUGGGCAUUUUUAAAAUAUUCUCGAGAAAAACCAAACAUCAAUUCAAAACUUGAAGAAAUUUUAAAAAACUAUAGAAAUCUUGAAGAUUUUCGUGUUGAUGGUGCAUCAUUUCCACAACAAUUUUUUCCAACAAAAUCAAAUUAUACAUUCGAAGCAAUUGCUGCUGCAGUAGCAAAGAACAGUGAUACAUCAGAUUCAUUAAAACCCAAUGGUGAACAAUAUCUGAACGGUGCUCAUAUUUUUUCAAGUGGAUUUCGAUUUAUCGUUUUAAGAAGAAUUGGUAUUGGUUUAGCUAUUGCUGGUGGUGUGAUUAAUUCUAUGCUUUAUAAUGUUGAUGAUGGUCAUCGAGCUGUUAUUUUUGAUUGUUUCCAAGGUGUUAAGCUAGGUGUUAUUGAAGAAGGAACUCAUUUUAUGAUUUCAUGGCUUCAUAGACCAAUUAUAUUUGAUAUUCGUACAUGA